CACUCGUCUCGCUACCUGUUUCUACUAUACAGUGGCCGUCUUCUUCCUCCCCCUCCCUUCCUCUCCAAUCCUCUCUCUGCUCUUGAGAAGAACACAAUAGAAAAAAAGGCAAAAAAAGAUUACCUUUUUUUAUCUAUCUGAAUAAAAUCAAGAAGAGGAAGAGGAAGAGAGGAAAGGGAGGGGGAGGAGGAGCAAUCCAGAGAAAAUAGCAACCAGCUCGCGAAAAAGGGUGGAGAAAUAGGGGGUUGCGGAGUUGCUUUGCUGUAUUGAUUGCUCGUGAUUCCAGUCGUACAUUUCUGCCGUAGCAUUUUUGGGAAGUAUGGGGAAGUCAAGCAUGGUGCCGAGCUAUGACUGCGCCGCCUCCGUGCUGCUGUGCGCGGAGGACAACGCCGCCAUUCUCGACCUCGACGAGGAGGGGGAGGAGAGUUCUUGGGCGGCCGCUACGCCGCCACGUGACACCUCCGUCGGGUUCGCCGUCGAGGGGUUCCUGUCGGACUUCCCCUUGCAGUCGGAUGACUGUAUUGCGGCGCUCGUAGAGAGGGAGGCGGAGCACAUGCCAAAGGAGGAGUACCCCCAGAAACUGCGGCGGCGGCAUGGGGGCCCGGAUUUGGCCGCCGUCAGGAGGGACGCCGUCGAUUGGAUUUGGAAGGUCAUUGAUCAUUACAGUUUCGCGCCGUUGACUGCAGUCUUGUCUGUGAACUACCUCGAUAGAUUCCUCUCCACGUAUGAACUUCCUGAAGGCAAAGCUUGGAUGACACAACUCUUGGCAGUGGCUUGCUUGUCUUUGGCUUCGAAAAUGGAGGAAACUUUUGUGCCACUCCCCUUGGACUUGCAGGUUGCUGAGGUAAAGUUUGUUUUUGAGGGAAGGACCAUAAAAAGGAUGGAGCUUCUGGUGCUGAGCACCUUAAAGUGGAGGAUGCAAGCUGUAACUGCAUGCGCAUUUAUUGAUUACUUCCUUCACAAAUUGAGUGAUCAUGGUGCACCCUCCAUGCUCGCACGCUCUCGCUCUUCUGACCUUAUCUUGAGCACUGCUAAAGGUCCUGAAUUCGUGGUGUUCAGACCCUCAGAGAUCGCUGCCAGUGUCGCUCUUGCCGCGGUCGGGGAAUGCAGAAGUUCUGUACUCGAGAGAGCUGCUACCAGUUGCAAAUAUUUGAACAAGGAGAGAGUUUUAAGAUGCUAUGAAAUGAUUCAAGAGAAGAUUACUAUGGGAAACAUUAUCCUAAAGUCUGCUGGAUCAUCAAUUUCCUCCGUGCCACAAAGCCCCGUUGGUGUGUUGGAUGCUGUUGCCUGUCUGAGUCAACAGAGCGAUGAUGCUACUGUUGGAUCUUCUUCAACAUAUUACCAUAGUUCUUCCACAAGCAAGAGGAGAAGAAUUAGUAGACGGCUAAUUUAAUUGUGGUAUGCUUCAGGUGUGCUCCUCACCACUCUGGGAGUUUUUGAUUGGUUCAAACAUCUUAAUUUAGUUUUGUCACUCAAGGAUUUUGGUGUAGUCAAGUAGUUGCUGAAAGGAACUACAAAGCAUGUGCACUACUUGGUCCAUAGAGAACGAAUAAUAAUCAGCGUGCUGUGAGCCAGUUCAUGCAAUUUGCAUCUGUAAGGGAAAUGCAAAGCCCUUGCGGUCCAGGGAUGCUGGUGUAGGUAGAGAGGAGUAAGGAAUUUACAUACGUUGUAGAGAUGAGAGCUCUCUCGUGCCAUUUUGUACAUUUUGCUCCUUCAAUUGCAAUGAACUUUAGGCAAGCGUUGCCUUGGGCAUUGGACGUUUGAUGAAUGAAAAUAAUCCAAAAACGGAUCUGCAGGGGAAUAGAACCGUUUGAUAUCGAAUUAAAUGAGUUAUUUUUUUAUCA